UGGGAGUUGGGAGUGAGAAAUCGGAAGACACCAAACGUCCAAACCCUACCCCGUAUAAAACCCCAGGCCGCGAUAGGCCUUCUUCCCCCCUCCGUCGCCGCCGAAAUCUCUCGCUGCUACACAACUACCUCGAGCUGCCCCCCAAGUCCCCGUAGUACCCAGUUUCGCUGCUCUCGCGCCAUGGAGGAAGUGACGGAGGCGGUGAACAACCUCAGCAUAGCGGAAGGAGCCGCACCGGCGGCGGGGGCGGAGGGGCACAAGAAGAACCGCAUCCAGGUCUCCAACACCAAGAAGCCCCUCUUCUUCUACGUCAACCUCGCCAAGAGGUACAUGCAGCUGCACGAAGAGGUGGAGCUCUCGGCCCUCGGCAUGGCUAUUGCAACUGUGGUGACCGUUGCUGAGAUUCUGAAAAAUAAUGGCCUUGCUGUUGAGAAGAAAAUCAUGACAUCUACUGUUGAUGUCAAAGAUGAUGCGAGGAACCGCCCUAUCCAGAAGGCCAAGAUUGAAAUAUUGAUUGGCAAGACGGAGAAAUUCGAUGAGCUGAUGGCAGCUGCCGCAGAAGAGAGGGCGGCAGCUGGUGCCGCUGAGGAAGAGCAAAGCUGAACCACUUUGAGGGUUCCUGUUGUAGCUUAAUUUUACUGUUCUUCUCCUCUUUUCUGUAUUUUAAUUUUGCUGUGUGGACGAGAGACAAGUGCUUGUGUCGAUCAAAUUAAGGCGCAGCUUAUUUAGUGCGCCUUUUCUUGGUUUGCUAUGGCUGUAUGUCGACUUGUGAUCAUGAGAUUAUGAGUAUGAUACUCUUGAUUUGUCCCAUGUUCAUUUGGAA